UUCCUCUUGUUUUCUUCUUCUUCCUGUAAGAUUCAUUGCAAAGGAACUCAACUCCAAAAACUUCGUGAUGAAGAAAUCCAAGCAGAGUUCACUCUACACUUUACCCUUUCCCCUCUAAUCAUAUGCAAUACUGUUCAAAACAAGAAAAGGCAGGGAUUAUAGGUAAGUUAAAAGAGUGAAGGCAGGGUCUAGCCUAUCAGUGUUUAUGAAAUCGAAAAGGAGUGGCCUUUGAAGUCUGAUGGCAACCAGAGAGCCGAUGAACGAGAAGUGGAUCACUCACUAUUCAUCAAACCAUCAAAUACUUUUAGUUGGUGAAGGGGAUUUCUCUUUCUCUUUGAGUUUGGCCAAUGCUUUCGCCUCUGCCUCCAACAUUUGUGCUACUUCUCUAGACUCCUAUGAUGAUUUGAAGAAGUACAAGAAUGCAGCGUCGAAUUUGGAGAAACUUAGUAGGCUUGGGGCAACCCUGCUACAUAGAGUGAAUGUAGCCACAAUGAAGCUUCAUCCUGUCUUAGCCAACCGAAAGUUCGAUCGAAUCAUCUUCAACUUUCCACAUGCUGGAUUUAAAGGAAAGGAAGAUAAUCCCGAUAUGAUUGGAUACAGGAAACAUAGGGAUCUUGUACAGCAUUUCUUUUGGAAUGCACGGCGCAUGCUACGAGUUGAUGGCGAAAUUCAUGUAAACCAUAAAACCGGCCCUCCAUAUUGCCUAUGGAAUCUUAAGGAAUUAGCUGAUGCAAGCUUUCUGGCAUUGAUUCAGUGUGUAGAUUUUAACAUAGAAGAUUAUCCAGGUUAUCGAAACAAGAGAGGGGAUGGUCCGAAUUGCGAUGCACCCUUUCGUCUCGGUAAGAGCUGUACCUUAAAAUUUGGCGUUUGCCCUCGAGCUGAGAAAGCGGCUAAAGCAACCAGAAGGCCAAUGCAGCCAACUUCUGGUUUCAACUAUCCUCAGAGGAACCUUGUUGUGAAUCACAUCCCAUCGAAUCAUGGGUGGCCCCCUACCAUCCCCAGUGGGAAUCAAUUCUCCGAGGUCCUCGAUAGAAACUUGCUUUUGGUCCGAAAAUAUGGGCGGGAUAGUAAUGGUGUGGAAACUAAUAGAGGACGCAUUCUCCGUCUGUAAUUACUAGAAUCAUUUGAUUUUUUUUUGUUUGU